CAAGAUGGCGGCUUUCAAUUCAUGACAAAUGUUUUUUUCCUUUAUCCGAUUUUCGCAUCUUAUUCACUCAUUUAAGCAAUCAAAUAAUUUGAGAAUAUUUAUUUAUGAUGGCCAAGGACUCUUUAGCAGCGCAGGCCCCCAAGCCACCAAGUUUUGAAGAGAUAUUGUCGGAUUUGCGAAACUCAGGUUUGCAAGACGUGGCUUUCCAACAUCCGAGUGAAGUUUGYCCGGUUGUGAAAGGGCUARUAGGGCAUUCUUCGUCUUCUUCRCAUGGAGAGAAAGACCAUGGACGAACAGACUCUCAAACCAGCUAUUUACCAACCCAAAACACAGGCAUCACAACAGGAGAUGAUUUAAACAGAGGUCAAGACAAAGAAAAAUACAUCCAUGUAACAGACUUUGUGAAAAACUACAAAACGCUGGUCAAAUCAUCUUCUGAACUGAAAGAUUUGGGUGAAAAUCUAGAGACACAGAGACAUGAACUUGAAAGAAAAAUUGAGCUGGUUAACAAAGCAUGGAAUGCAACGUAAUCCCUCUAUCUGUGUUAAAGCCCAGUCUACAUGAGAAAUUUUUAUGUGACAACUAUAUGUGGCAAUUUUAAGUGACGCUCAUCCACACGGGCAAUUUUCGAUAUGUGACAAUUUUUAGUCGUCACUUAAAAACUAGCAUGCCAUCUUUCCAGCAACUACAGUUGUCAAAUAAAAAUUGACUAAUUUUGCUCAUCUACUCGGGAAAAUAAAAAUUGUCACAUAAAAAUUGCCACAUAAAAAUUGCUGUAGACGGGGCUUAAGCCUGUUGGGACAGGGGCGGCGGCCAUGUAAGGGAAUGGACAAACAGUCAUGCCCAUUGUUAUAGCAUUGAUUGGUAUAUAAUAACGAUAUUUAUUGUUGAUAAGGUACUUAAAUUAUUUCAGAUAUUAUCAAUCAUGCACAAUC